AUGUGUUAUUUGCUGGUUUCAUGUGAUAAACUGUUUGACCAAAAGGUCUGUACAGCCAACCCGUAUCCCCAAGUGAACAACAACUACUCGCCCGAGAUCAUGUUCUUUUUUGAUGAAGAACAAGAUCAAUUCCCCAGCAUGACUUUACUUUUUGAUGGUUUCGUUUCGGCCAUCGAAAAUGAUGGAUCAUCAGCACAUAAGAACGACGGCUUUGGCGGUUUGGGGAAGGCUUUUAUGCCAACGGGAGCGAGCAAGCUUGGUGAUUUCAACAACCCAAUGCUGAGGGGACGAGCAAGCAGCGAUGACUCAUUCGGGAACGUAAGAAGAUCUAAUGAUGAUUCGUUCUCUGGAUUUUUCUUGGGUGAUGAUGAUGAUCGAGAUUGGACUAGUAGCAGCGAGGAGAAUGAGGAACCUUCAGAGCUUAUUCCAAUGUCUAUUCGUAACACGAGACGAAACCGCCAGCGCAGCUCGACUAGAACGGGAUUUUUUGAUUUCUACAAGAUGCUUGAUGAGAAUCUCGGAUCUGGAGCCUACGCUAGUGUUCGAACUUGUGCUUACAUUCCAACUGGCAAGGAGUAUGCUGUCAAAGUUGUGGAUAAGGCUACUGCGUCUCAUACUCGAUCCCGGAUUCAACGUGAAGUGGACACUUUCAACCUUUGUCGCAACCAUCCGAAUAUUGUGCAACUGAUUGAGUGGUUCGAGGAUAACGAGAAUUUCUACAUGGUAUUUGAAAAGAUGUACGGCGGACCACUACUUGACCACAUUCAACGAAAGAAGUGCUUCACCGAGCAUGAGGCUUCACAAGUUACCCGGGAUAUUGCAUCAGCUCUCAAGUUUCUACACGAUCGUGGAAUUGCUCACAGAGACGUAAAACCGGAGAAUAUUCUAUGCACUGAUAGGGAUCGCGUUUCACCCAUUAAACUUUGUGAUCUGGAUUUGGCUAGCAAGAUACACUACAAUCCGGAGAGAAUGGUUCAGGUGGCCAGUGAACCAGAUCUGGCGAGCCCUGUUGGUAGUGCGGAAUUCAUGGCGCCGGAGGUGGUCGAUGCUUUCGUUGGUGACGCUCUAAAGUAUGACAAGAAGUGCGACAUGUGGUCUCUUGGAGUGAUUGUUUACAUCAUGCUUUGCGGGUAUCCUCCGUUUUACGGACAAUGUAGCUCCGAGGGUUGUGGAUGGGAUUUGGGUGAACAGUGUGACGAAUGCCAACAAAAUCUUUUUGAGCGAAUCCAAGAAGGCUUUUACGAAUUCCCAGAAGAGGAAUGGGAGUCAAUCUCAGAAGAUGCUAAAGAUCUUAUCCAGUGCUUGCUUGUUCGAGAUGCAAAGAACAGAUUCACCGCUGAUGAAGUUCUUCGUCAUCCAUGGGUGUCAUCGGGAAAAGCUCCUGAUACGGAGUUGCUUACUGCUGGAAAUCUGAUCAGAAAAGACUCCACUCGUGAUGUUCAACAAAUUACCGAGCACUUCAAAGUGAUGAGCCGAAUUUUUUCUGGACGCAUGUCGAAUCAGCGUGAGGAAACUCCAAGCAAUCAAACAACCACUGAAUUGCGUGCAUUGCCUAUGCUGAAAAUUGAUGAGAAUGAAACUUUGUCGCCGAGCCACGGGUCACCUACGAAGCCACCACCAAAUUGGGACUUCGUUGAGGGCAGCACUCCAAUCUUUAACAUCGAAGCACCAAGUGAUCCUCAUCAGUUCAGCCGAAACUACUAUCAAUACGAUGAUUUUGAUGAGGUCAGCCCUUCGAAAAAGCCAGGAGUUGGUCUUGCACAACAAUGGGUCGGUGUUGCACAAAGUCCUUUCCGCCAUACUCCACCCGGAAUCGAAACGUGCCAAUCAGCAAUUGCUCGCCAGGAUUCAUGCAAAGAAGUUUGCGAUCCACGUCGCGAGCAAGAAGUGGAUGCU